AGCUCUCACGGUGCUUACGGCUUUGCUUCAGUUUGGCGGGCUUAGCGUCAGCCAACAGGCGUGUGCGGUGUGGUCACUCCAACGAACAUUUGGCGGGAACGGAAAGCUCGCGCUCGCGGAAAUAUUAAUCGCAAAAACAAAGCGAUCUACAAAUAAUAAGUUUAUGUGUAUAUCGUGAAUAAUGUCUAUAAAAUCGAGUCCCUUGAUGCUUUUACGAUGGUUCAUCGUAAUAAAUAUUAUGAUAGUACAAGCAGAUAACAGAGCAUCGUAUCUGGGCGCUCGGUGCCGCGCUAAGAGCGACUGCGGCGUCACAAACUCGCACUGCGAAAGAGGCGUGUGCGCAUGUCAACCGUACUACGCGCGAGUUGACAACUCUACCUGCCUUGAAUCGACGCUCUUAGGAUCAGAAUGCACGGUAUCGGAGCAGUGCACCCUGAAGGUGGCGUACUCGGCCUGUCUGGAAGGAGUCUGCCGGUGCACGGAUGGACAUCUGCAGUUCAGGAAACACACGUGUCUCUCUCCUGCACCGCCCGGUCACGUCUGCUACAGCAAUGAACAUUGUCGCUUAUGGGAUAAGGAGAGUCGCUGCGAGUUCGUCAUACUUAACCUCUUCGGAAGGUGCGCGUGCAACAGCCUCUUCAAACAAAUCGGAGACAAGUGUGUAGCUCAGAAAAUCCCCCCAUAUGCCACUGAAGCUGUCGUAGCUGAAAUGGACUCUGUUGUAGCUCCUUCAAACGGUACAAUACCAUAUAAAGAUCCAAGUCCAACCGUUCAGCUAACGUCAACUUCAGUUAAUUCAUUCGGAUCUCCACUCGCUAUAGUCAGUUCGGACGAAAUUCAGCCAAGCAAAUUACCUACGUAUGCUAGCAAAAACGACGUAUUUAGUACAGACGAAGACAGCCCCUUGAUGCAAGCCGUCAUGAAAGUCCCAAGCGCUGAACCAACGAAGCGUUUACCAGUUUCGAUUAGAAAAGACGGCGAGCCGAAUGAAACAAUAAGGGUAGACGAAAUGACAGCUAAUUUGCAUGCAAAUGACCAGCCAAUUUAUAGGGUUGUAACUCAACCAUCUGUAGAAAAGAAAUCCAACAAAAAAAGCGGAUCGUCAAAGGAACAAGGUACUUCAGUCAGUAAGCCUCACAAGGCCGGCCAUCAAAAGAAGUCAUCUUUAAAAGACAAGCAUCGUAUUCGCGCGGAUACGCCAGUUUACGACCUUGGGCCUGCAUCUCUAGGAAUGCCGUGCCUUACAGACCCGCAGUGUCAACAAGUGGAUCCCUACACGCGAUGCCUCAACAAGAAAUGUGACUGCACGUACCGAACAAACUCAACUUCAGCUUGCUCGGCUCGUAAUAGAGGCUGCUUGCCAAACACGUUCCAAUGCCGGUCUACGGGAACGUGUAUAAGUUGGUACUUCGUCUGUGAUGGACGCAAGGAUUGCCCAGACGGUUCCGAUGAGAAAUGUCAAGGUACUGGUAAAGAACUUACAGGGGAGCGUUGUCCAACGAACUCGUUCAGAUGUGGAGGGCCUGGAUCUCCAUGUGUGUCGCGAGCGUCCCGGUGUGAUGGAACUCCUCAGUGCCCAGGGGGAGAAGACGAGAAGAACUGCCGGGCUACUCGACGUAAGGGAUGUCCGCGUCAUACAUUCCGUUGUGGUUCAGGGGAGUGCCUUCCCGAGUAUGAGUUCUGCAACGCAAUAAUAUCUUGCAAAGACGCGUCCGACGAGCCACCACACCUAUGCAACGAGCAGUCAAGAUGGCGUGCGGCUGACUUCUGUCCGUUCCGAUGCGGUAAUGGUCGGUGCAGGAGUACGGCGGUCGCGUGCUCGGGACGCGAUGGUUGCGGAGACAACAGUGAUGAAAUAGCAUGUAGUGUUUGCAGAUGUCCUGCCCCACCGCAGCCUUGAGCGUCAGUGCAUCGAUAGACACGCUUUAAAGUUGAACAUCCGACUGGAUCUCAAUGCUCAAUAUUUUGUAUAAACAGUAAGAGAUUGCUGCUUUAUUUAGUGCUUCAAUGCUAUGGGAAGCUUUUAGGAAAAUCAAAAUUCUAGCUCUGUCAUAAAACUUUCAGAGUCACUUGCUCAGGUAGAUUUUCUCCUAACAUUGUAUUUUCUAUGUUGGACGGAAGAAGAGAUCAACAGUUUGUAACCUGAAAAAUACGUACAGUUAAAUAUUUUACUGUUUUGCAAAUAUUUUAAAAAUAAAACAUUCGUAUUUCAAAUAGUUUUAAUAACGCUUAAAUGUAAAUAAACUUUUUUACUAUUUAAGAAUGCACGUGACCAGCGAACAUGUAGACAUUUCGGUAUUUUUUGAUAUUCUUGUGCUCAUAUAACAGUAAUAUGAUUUACAAAACUUUAAGUUAAGUAUAAUAUUUAAAACAAGACUGAAGAGUGAUACCCGUGAAUAUUUCCUUGUGAAUUAGAUAAACGCGUUUAAUGCAGCGAGCCCACUCAAAAAGGUUGUAAAUAUUUUUAUUUUUUUACGAUAGUCAUUCGUUUGGCACAGACAUCUUAUUUACGUAUUCAACAGACUAUAAAAACGUAUAAUUAAGAUUUUUAUUUAAGUUUCUUGUGUUUUGUGUGAAUUUACCUGGCUAAGCGCAGUCAAGUGUAACUUAUUGUAAUAUAGUGUGGUUAUGUGUGUGAAUGUGAUAAUGUAUUUAUUAAAUUAAUUUCAUUA